ACCGCCCACUGGGCGCGCAGAGGCAGCAGCGUCAGCAUCAGGACCCAAGGUGGGACGAAGGGUAGCGCCGGUCGGACAGGUGCUCAGAGGCGCAGAAGAGGCGACUCUCUAUAAAUGGGCUGACGCACAGUUACGGAUCUCUACCAAGUGAAAGUGAAGUUAUGUGGCGCACCAGUCCUCUGUGAGGUGGAGGAAUGAGGGGCGAACCAUGACCCUGCAGAAAGUUGGGGUCCGACCCCGGCGACAAGUCUUUCGGGGAGCCGGCUACCUGUAUCACGCCGAAUCCUCCUCCUCCUCCUCCUCCUCCCCCUGCCUCUCCACCACGGAGGAACUUUUCUUGGAUGCCGCAGAAUACGGCAACGCUCCUGAAGUGAGACGCAUGCUGGAGGAGCUGCCGGAGCUCGACGUCAACUGUGUCAACUACAUGGGCCAGAAUGCACUGCAGCUGGCCGUUGCCAACGAGCAUCUCGAUGUGAUUCAGCUCCUACUCAGGAAGAAGGACCUCUCUAGAAUAGGAGAUGCUUUGCUGUUAGCCAUCAGCAAAGGCUACAUCCAUAUAGUGGACGCCAUACUGAGCCACCAGGCCUUUGAGGACGGAGAGAGGCUGACCAACAGGCCCAGCCAGGCCGACACUCACGAUGACUUCUUUGCUUACGACGAGGACGGCACGCGCUUCUCUCAAGACAUCACUCCAAUCAUCCUGGCCUCUCAGUGCCACGAGUAUGAAAUCGUGCAUAUACUCCUCACGAAGGGGGCCCGGGUGGAGCGGCCCCACGAUUACUUCUGCCAGUGCGGGGCCUGCAGCGAGCAGCAGAGGCGCGACUCGUUCAGCCAUUCACAAUCCCGCAUUAACGCUUAUAAAUGUCUGGCCAGUCCGGCGUAUCUGUCCCUCUCCCAUGAGGACCCAGUGAUGGCGGCUCUGGAGCUGAGCAACGAGCUCGCAGUACUGGCCAACAUCGAGAAGGAGUUCAAGAAUGAUUACAAGAAACUGUCCAUGCAGUGCAAAGACUUUGUGGUGGGAGUCCUGGAUUUGUGUCGGAACACGGAGGAGGUGAAGGCCAUCUUAAAUGGGGACAACGAAUCAAGUCAAAGCUCUGAGACCUUGGGCAGACAAAACCUUAUCAGGUUAAAACUUGCAAUCAAAUAUGAAGUUAAAAAGUUUGUGGCACAUCCAAACUGCCAACAGCAACUCCUCUCCAUCUGGUACGAAAACUUGUUGGGACUACGUCAGCAAACCACAGCCGUGAAGAACCUUCUCGUCCUCGGUGUAGCUGCCGGGUUGCCUGUGUUGUCCUUCAUAUACUGGGUAGCACCAUCAAGUAAGGUGGGGAGACUCAUGUGUGGACCUUUCCUGAAGUUCGUGGCCCAUGCAGCCUCCUUCAUGAUGUUCCUUUGCCUGCUGGUCCUGAACGCAGCAGACCGCCUGGGGGGAACAUCGCUGCUGCCCAACAUGACCGCCCACGACUACCCCUCUCAACUGUUUCGUAUGAAGACCACCCCCUUCACCUGGAUGGAGAUUCUCAUCAUAUCCUGGGUCAUAGGAAAGAUCUGGGAAGAAUGUAAAGAUAUUUGGACGCAGGACAUCCGGGAAUACCUCUCCGAACCGUGGAACCUUCUCGACUUCAGUAUUUUAGCCAUUUUUAUGACCUCUUUCAUUGCCCGAUUAAUGGCUUUCUGGCAUGCAUAUUCGGCCCAGUGUUAUGUUGACAUGCACCUCACUGACCUGUCCAACAUGACCUUGCCCUCUGAGAUACAGUACUUCCAGCUGGCCCGAAUCAACUGGAUGCCCUCAGACCCACAGCUUAUUUCUGAGGGCCUCUACGCGAUAGCAGUUGUGCUCAGUUUCUCCCGCAUUGCGUACAUCCUGCCCGCCAAUGAGAGCUUCGGGCCGUUGCAGAUCUCUCUGGGAAGAACAGUAAAAGACAUCUUUAAGUUCAUGGUGAUUUUCAUAACGGUUUUCGUGGCCUUCAUGGUGGGGAUGUUCAAUCUGUACUCAUACUACCUCGGGGCCAAGUACAACGAUGCCUUCACGACGCUUGAAGAGAGUUUUAAGACGUUGUUUUGGGCCAUCUUCGGCUUGUCAGAAGUGAAAUCAGUGGUCAUUAACAUCGACCAUAAAUUCAUUGAGAACAUAGGCUAUGUUCUGUAUGGGGUCUACAACAUCAUCAUGGUGAUCGUCUUGCUCAAUAUGCUCAUUGCCAUGUUCAACAGCUCCUUCCAGGAAAUCGAGGAUGACUCUGAUGUUGAGUGGAAGUUUGCCAGAGCAAAGCUCUGGUUCUCGUACUUUGAGCCCGGUGGGACCCUGCCUGUCCCCUUCAACCUGGUACCCAGCCCCACGUCUGUCAUUUCCCUCUUGCUGGGAAUGAAAGAAUUCCUCUGGCAUGUACCUAAAGGCCAAAGCGGAGAAAAUUCAAUUGAUGAGAUGGAGCUCAACAAGCUGAGGCAACAGGAAGACCUGAGUGUGGCAUCUCUUUCAACAACCCGUCACCAAAAUAUAAUGAAUCGCCUCAUCAAAAGGUACAUCUUAAAAGCCCAGAGAGAUAAAGAUAAUGAUGAAAUAAAUGAAGGUGAACUGAAGGAAAUUAAACAGGACAUCUCCAGUCUCCGCUACGAGCUGCUGGAAAGGGCGGAGCGAGACACGGAGAGGCUGGCAAAACUCAUCAGCCAACUGGGAGAAGUAACGCAUGCUCCACAGGGAGAGGAGAAGAAGAAUGAGCCGACUAUACUGUCCUAAAAACAAUUUAAAAAAAGAUUAGAUAAGUAUUUACUUGACACGUUGCUGUCUUCUCAUUAGUGGGGCAUUCAGUCAAAGUGCCACACAUUAGCCACAGACAAAUUAAAAUGGACAUUCUUUAUUUUUAUUUUAAAAAAGUGGUCAACAUUCCCUCGUCUAAAUGUAUCUACCUUAGAGAAUAACUCAUUGAAUUUUCUUUUUACCCUCUCCUUGUAUGCACAUUUAAUUGUGGUGGCACUAAUGGAUGUUGUAUCUUGUUAUACAAAUACGCACUAAUGACUGGUAACAUAUGACGGUGCCGCCGGUUACCAGCUGUUUAUGUGGUUUGAUUUUGAGGCGAUCUUUUUCCAUCUGGAGUGGAAAAACCUGUUCAAAUAAAUAUGCAUAAAAAAGAAGCAUAUGUUUUGGAUGUGUCAGUUUCAUAAGUUGGACGUAAUAUGCAAAUAAAUAAAGACUUGAUAAUUAGUGCCCUCAGAGAAUUCUUUAAGCAAAAGUAUAUGAGAGGUAACUUCAAAUCAAUCAACAGGACUCAUUUUCAAAACAGGACCUUAACUUUGACAUUUAUGUGCGUUCAAUUAGGAUGAGGGUCACUUGAUAUCCACAAAAUACAAUAAAAAUGUGUUGAUUGUCUUCCCAUCAUGGAGUACAAAGGUUUUAUGUUUUUUUUUAAACCAUUAGAGCAGACGCUGCUGCGCUCUCCCUCUCUCUUCCGCCCUGUGAAGAAAGAUAAAUGUGUGAGAACACUGUGACCUGUCAGGUAGACAAACAGCAUCUAGGCCUGAAGUUUAAAAGCUAAAAAUACAUUUGGGCCUCGGAACAGAGGUGCUGUGAAGCAUUUAUACAGAAUAAAACUAAGGCAGACACUGACAGAAUAGCAACACAAUUAUUUCCUUUAAGAAGAACAUCGUGGGUUCACAACAACGCAUUUACCAUUAAGGGAAACAUUAAUAAUGUGAUAAACGUACCAGAAGGUGGGGGUUGCCUGAUUGAAUUUAAGACGGGUGCACCAUGAACCACGGGCGUCACAGUAACAGAUUAGAAACUAUGUCUGAAAAGUAGGCCAUUAGAACAUUUGAAGAACACAUCUUGUAGAUUUGAAUGUGAAGCGUGGAAUUAUGUCAGGCCACAGCAGGAGAAUCCUCUCUGAUAUUGGCAAACGAAUGACGUGGGACGGAAUCAGGGCCAAGGCCUCUGUGUGCAUCACGGGUACACGAAUCAGCAACAUGCACACUCAGCUGAUUAACUCCAAUAGUAGAAGCGCUCGUUGUUAUCCGGCCGAGAUAACGGAUGGAAAUUAGGCGGGUAAUAGGGAGACUGGAGGGUGUUUGAGAAAUGUAUAGGAGGGUGACACAGAGGAUGCGUUGGCGAAUAGUCUUCACUUUAUCAAAGGGUGUCCAAGUGCAUUUGAUAAAUGAAAGGGCAAAAAAAAUUCACAUGUGAAUGAUAAAGAAAUAUCUCCAAAGGAGGUAUGAUCUUUCUAAAAUAUUUUCCUUGGUUUUUGAUUUUACUACUCUGCUCUGCAUUGACUAAUUGAACAGCUGGUUGUCACUUAGAUGGAAGACUUCCCAAAGGGGUAUAAAACUUUACUGCCAAAAUGAUCUGAUUCUCCCAUCUGUCUCUCACAUUAGAAAAACCUCAUGGCUGAAAAAGACUCAUAUCUGGUGUUGAGCCUAUAGGAGGGCUGGUAAGCAUGACUAAAUAGUUUGUUAUUUUGAGCCAAUUGUUAUUGAAAGCAUUGUGGUGGGCUCAGACGUUUGGCCCAACAUGCCCCAUUUUGUCAUGAACAGUGGGGUGGAGACUAAAAGGCCCAUGGCAUUAAAGA